AUGGCACUUUCCUCCAGGUCCAGAGUGGGCAUUUCAACAUCCCCCGACAUAACUUCUGCGCUUGCCGAGACCGCCGACUUGAGUGCUCCGUUUAAGCGUGAUAGUGACAACAGCAGCAUCAGUGAUCUCAAUCACACUCAGCUUGAUACACGGUCACAAGCCAUACGACCCGUUUGGCCUGUUCUGCACUGGAGUCUGCUGGUCAUCUCGGCUUGUUUCGUCUGCAGUCUCUUCACAAGUCUCAUCUGGCUAGCUAUUUUCUAUCUGUUCAGUCGAACCGGUGAUCAGAGCAAAUCUUCAUGCUCACCUUGGGACUGCCUGAGAAGGUGUAACAUCGGCUGCUAUUCCUCAGGUUCUGUGUUUGAUUGUGCCCCGGACUGGCGGAAUCAAGUGGUCCCGUGCAACCGGAUUUCGGCCAACUACUCCGGACCCACAAGGACGAGAAAUGCAUACAGAGCAGAUAAUAUAGGAGACGUCAGGGAUGACGAUACGAGCAGGAAGGUGUGUCCAACGUCAGUGCAAUCAGAAGAGAUCUCAGCUAUGAGUAUGUUUACUCUUAUAGCAAUAAUAAAUUAG